AUGUUGCUAACUACUGUCACCCAGUCAUUCCAGUCUUAUGCUCUUCGACUGGUGCAAGACACCCUACGGCGAAUUUCAGCCCCGGUAAAAUUGAUCGAUAAUGUUAGCGAAGAGGAGAAAAUACUGUACGAUGACUCGGAAAUCGCAGAUUCCGAAAAAGCGAUUGUCCGCGUCAAAGAUGUGAACUUUUGGAAAAGGGCGUUUCUCGAUUUCGAUCUGGGGUUUGCGGAAUUUUAUAUGUUCCAAGAAAUAGAAUGUGAUCAACUGAACAAGAUCUUCGAUGUAAGCCAUUCCAUAUUCACAAAUCAACGCCGCAGAACAACUAAGACACCAGCCAAACAGCUAUACAUCCUAAACCGUGCCACGCUCGACUCGGGAAGCUCACCCUUCCAUCUCAUCGUCCGUCUAGCUCAAUGGUGGCGACCGAAAAACAGCAUUGAAAAUGCGCGCAGCAACAUCGCAUCCCACUACGACACCUCCAACGGACUAUUCACCAACUUCCUGUCUCCGGACUUGAAUUACUCCUGCGCACAUUUCACUAGGGACGUGACAGAGCCCCUUCAGACAGCCCAACGACGAAAAGUCCACUACAUGAUCAAGAAAGCGCGCCUUCAAUCAACUCACCACUUACUGGAUAUCGGUUGUGGCUGGGGAGAUUUGAUCAUCGAAGCAGCGCGACUGACCGGCUGCACAGCGACGGGAAUAACUCUGUCUGAGGAACAGAAGAGUCUUGCGGACGAACGCAUCCGCGAUGCUGGUCUGCAGGACCGCAUUCGGGUUUUGCUGUGCGAUUAUCGCAACGCGCCCCGACCUGAAAGUGGAUUUUACGAUCGCGUCAUCUCGAUCGGGAUGUUCGAGCAUGUCGGGGCUGAGUAUAUGGAUCAGUACUUUGAGGUGAUUUCGCAAUUAUUGCCGCCUCGGGAUGCUUGCAUGAAGAAUGAAAUAUCUGAGGUUUGGCAGUUCCACGAAACAAACCCCCGGAUGGGCGACUACAUCGACCGCUACGUCUUCCCGGGCGGAUACCUUCCCACCCCGAAUAUUCUCUUCGAGUCUCUGCACCAUGGCAGUAAAGGAUCACUAGAAGUGUCUUCCGUGCUCAAUUCAGGCCCUCAUUACGGGAAGACCUUACUCGGAUGGAGGGACAAUUUUCUUGCGAAUUGGGAAGAUAUCCGAUCGGACUUUUGCGGUCGGCAUCCUGAGGCUUCCACGAAGGAAGUUGAGGCUUAUCGACGGCGUUGGCUGGUGAGGUUCUCCGAUCCCUUAUUUGAGAUUUCCACAGGGUGCUAA